UAAAACAUAAUCAGCCGUGUAGCUUGUUAGUAAACAGUCUUGAUGGUAUUACUACGUUUAUUACACGUCUGUGUGUUUGAUUGAAGCGUUUCCUUUUUCAAACUGGUAGUAAUGACAAACAAGGAAGACGGAAGUCGCAGGUUUUACACCUGUAACUGUUUCACCACUGAUAAUGUUUUCCUGGAGGACUACAAGCUCCAUGUCCGCUUUUCCUCCGAGCAGCAGUUCCGACUGGACUACCAAUCCAUACUUCGGAGGCUUGGCUGCGUGACGGACCAACAGUUUGAAGAUGUGCUCAACAAGAUUUCACAGGAAGUGGACAGGCGGAGGCGUCUAAGUGUGACUUCUGCUGAGAGAGCCGUUGCUAUUAAAGACAUGUACCAGCCUCUUCAUCCUCAUGUCUACCAUCUGCAGGAGUCCUUCCUCGCACCAAAGUUCAAGCAGAUUGUUGAGUGUUGUCGAAGCAGCAACAUCAGUGAAGAAGGUCUCGGAGACAUGUUGGAGGAAGAGGCAGCUGCAAGGGUUUAUCGCUUCCCUGUGUUUGAGAAACGCUUCUGUGAGGAGCUGAUGGAGGAGCUGGAGCACUUUGAGCAGUCCUCCGCCCCUAAAGGAAGACCCAACACCAUGAACCAUUAUGGGAUCCUCCUGAAUGAACUGGGUUUUGACGAGGGCUUCAUCACACCCUUCCGUGAGCUCUACCUGCAUCCGCUCACCUCCCUGCUGUACCCGGACUGUGGGGGAGGCUGUCUGGACAGCCACAAGGCCUUUGUUGUUAAAUAUGACAUGAAUGAAGACCUGGACCUGAGCUACCAUUACGACAAUGCAGAGGUCACCCUUAAUGUUUCCCUGGGCAGGGACUUCACCGAGGGCAACCUUUAUUUUGGUGAUAUGAGACAGGUGCCUUUAAGUGAGAUGGAGUGUUCAGAGGUUCAACACAGGGUGACCGAGGGCCUCCUCCACCGGGGCCAACACAUGCACGGGGCCCUGCCCAUCUCCUCUGGCCAACGCUGGAACCUCAUCAUCUGGAUGAGAGCCUCACAGGAACGCAACGAACUGUGUCCCAUGUGCAACCGGAGGCCAACGCUGGUGGAAGGGGAGGGCUUCGCUGACGGGUUCACCAAACACUCCGAUGCUCCGCUGAACCCUUCAUGUGUGUUGACGUGACGCUGCUAUCAGCUUUUAAUAAAGCCGCUGUAGGAUUGGAAAUUAGCCACUUUAAAUUUCAAACGAUUUUGAAAAUGAUUUCCGUUUGUCGUUGUAGAGUAAAUGACACAUUUUGAGUGUAUUCCAAUUUGUAAUAAUAUUAAUAUUUAUUAUUUGUACUAUUAAUAAUGGUAAUGGUACUCAAAUUCUAUGUUUCGGAUGUUUGGUGUAGAGUCCUAUUGUGUGACUUUAUUGUCUCAAAUAUUACUCCAAUAUUAUCAAACCCCCGUCUUUAUAAACAGUAUGAUUGUACUAUAUGUUGUGCCAAAGAAUUAAAAAUGAGGGAUACACCACUCUGAAUGUGUCUCUUUCAUUACCAAAUACCCCAAAUCUGUACAUGAGGCCAGGGAUU